CAGCAGUGACAUCACUUUCCAGAAGUCCCCUUCAGGUUCCAGCGACGGAGACACGGAAAAAUAAAGGAGAGCGCCGCCGUCUGAGAGACUACCGACUGUUUGGAGCUGAUAUCACCGCCGACACGUUACAGCAUGUCCCUGUAUCCAUCCCUCGAGGACCUCAAGGUCGACAAGGUCAUCAAGGCUCAGGCCCAAUUCGCCCAGACUGCCGCCCCCAUGCCAGCCAUCACUGAGGGAACCUACCAGCCUCAGCCUGCCGCUGCUCUGAUGCCAGGAUCCAGCUUGUACCCAAAUCUGGAGGAGCUGGGAGACUACAUGGGACUGGCCCUCAACAGCGACGAAGUCCAGAAGAACCUGGCCCUGGUGCCUGUGGCUGACAAUCAGGUGGCAGUGCCCUCCAGCUCAGGCGUUGGUGGGAUGAUUCGGCCGGUGACGGGGGCAGAUAUCGGCAUCAGGAGGGCAGAGAUCCGUCCGGGCCUGAGGGAGAUCAUCCUCUGCAAGGACCAGGACGGGAAGGUCGGGCUCCGGCUCAGAGCCAUCGACAACGGAGUGUUUGUCCAGCUGGUGCAGGCCAACUCCCCCUCCGCCCUGGCCGGCCUGCGCUUCGGGGACCAGGUCCUUCAGAUCAACGGGCAGAACUGCGCCGGAUGGAGCGUGGACAAGGCCCACAAGGCCCUGAAGGCUGCCGCCGAGACCCGCAUCGAGCUGGUGGUCAGGGACAGGCCAUUCCAGCGCACCGUCACCAUGCACAAAGACAGCUCAGGCCACGUGGGCUUCAUCUACAAGUCCGGUAAAGUCACCUCGCUGGUCAAGGACGGUUCUGCUGCUCGCAACGGCCUGCUGACCGAACAUUACAUCUGUGAAAUCAACGGACAGAACGUCAUCGGACUCAAGGACUCUCAGAUCAAGGACAUCCUGAGCACCUCCCCGACCGCCAUGACCAUCACCAUCAUGCCCAAGUUCAUCUACGAACACAUGAUCAAGAGGAUGUCCACCGGCCUGCUGCGGUCCGCCAUGGAUCACUCCGUCCCAGAGGUGUGAAGACCGGCAGGACCGACAGCCGUCAGGACGUCUACCACACGGAGUCUCUCUCUCUCUUGUCUUUACUCAUAUCUUUAUGUCAUUCUGUCUUCAUACCGAACCACCUCCUCCGUCACAAUCAUCGCCACCGUUUCUCAUCGUUAACAUAAUCUUAAGAUGCCUUUUUCUUUUUUCUAUUCUUCAGUAUAUUCUUUACCUUUUCUACGUUUUUUUUCUUCCCUCAUCUCUGUUGACGUUAGUACUUUUUUAUAUGUUAACCUCGUACUCUGAGUAUUACAUGUUUAUUUUUUUCUCAUUUUGAGAUCAAGGACAGUUUUGUUUUUUUAAAGCCAUGCACACCAUCAUGAGUCCAGAGCUUCCUCCUCAGCGUGGAGACGAGUCAGUUCACCGUUUUAUUAAAAUGCUGUAAAAGCCGCCGGGCAGCCAAUCAGAGCCCGACCCGCGGCUGCGCUCCGAGUCCCUGCACUUUUACCCUUAAUGUGUAAAUAAUCUGAGCUCAACUAACACCUGAAAACGUAGAUUCCAGUGUACAGUCAUUUUUAGGACCAGUAGGUUUUAGCAGAUGGGUCGUUUUUAAGUUUACGCCACAUUUUGGUGAAAGUUAGUGUUUACUUCUGCUGUUGUGGUUUUCUGCUUUUUUUUUUUCUCUCUCUCUCUCUGUCUUUCAACGGUCUCGGUAAGAGCUUCGGCGUAGCAGUUCCCACCUUCUCCAGGAGGCGGCGAUGUUUCACUGCAGCACAUCUCCAGCCUCAGGCAUUAAGAAUACUGUGUGCACAUUCCAGGGGAAAGUGUAGGGAGCAGAGGCAGCGCACCGACACGAUACGAGCUGGUGAAAAACAGAAACCGGGAAAGAUCUCAGCGGGAGGUUGUACAGCGUCGCGUGGUCUCGCGUUUCAAGUGGUCGUUUUCAGAGGAGUCGUUGGCAUUAGUUCGGAGGGGUCUGUGCCGCAGACCCACUAAGUGCACUUUCCAUUAACCUUACGAGAGGCCGUCUUUCCAUUUCAGCAGCAGUGAAGUUCAGCGUUUAUUAUUUUUUUUAAAUCAUCGUGUUUGUGGUGCCUCAUGUAGACGAGAGAGCUCGCGAAAAACAAACGUCAAAUACAGGAAACUGCUCAAAUUUGAUGCUGAAAAAUCAAAAAACCGCACAAAUCGAAGGCAUUUCAAUUCCUCGUCAUGGGUUUUAUCCGGUGAACCUGCUGUCCUCUGCUAAGUGUCGUUCGAGGCCUCCUUCCCUCCUGUAAGAUUCCCUCCUCGACUGGUGAGCACAGCGAGGCUGAGCAGCGCUCGCAGUUUUUGAAUUUCUACUCGAUGUGUAAAAUUUUCUCCUUUUAAUGCUGUUUGUGUUCGGAUGCAUGUAUUCCUUUAAUUUUCUAGGUAUGCAAUCUGAUAAAACAUCGCUGUCAUUCUGUAUAAAAAAAAAAGCUAGAAAAAAUCUAAAAGUUUAUAUACGAAUGUAACCGAGAUAAUAUUGUAAAACAAAUAAAGUCUUUCUGUUCACAUAA